AUGGCCGCACUCCGCGCGACUUCAAGAUGGGCAGUCUCGGGUACCCCAAUCCAGAAUAGCCUACUCGACUUCCAUGGUCUCUUCAAAUUUCUUCAUUUCGCCCCAUACGAUGAUCCAAAAGCUUUUGACGAUGACAUUUCGAGCAUAUGGCGUACCAAAACCGUCGAAGAAGCCAGUGAGACAUUCAAGAAGCUACUAUCGUGCUUGAUGAUCCGACGAACGAAGACUAUCCUGGAUUUGCCCAAGAGAGAUGACCAUCUGAUGCGUGUGCCAUUCAACCACGAGGAAGAGAGAUAUUAUCGCCAAAUCGAGCAGCCCGUCAUGGAAAUGCUAGACCGCGACACACGAGACGACAGCCAAACCCAGGUUCCUUGGAUGACUGCUAUACAGCAGAUCAACAAGCUUCGUCUUAUCUGCAACCUAGGCGUCUCCACUCAUUCGCAAGCCGACUGCAACUCGCAACCUGGCGGCGAAUCCGAUGACAAGACAUCCGUAAUGAACACACGCUUCUCAAUGGACGGAGGAUCAUGUGAGCUGUGCUCCCAGCCAGUCGAACUAUCGACACUCGGCAGCAGUCUACGGAAUAUUGCACAACCACAAGUCUAUUAUUCAGCUUGCAGCAAGUUCUACUGUGCAGAUCUGGACCUAACCGCGGCAUCGACAGCUCACCUUCUCGAACCUCAGUGGAACCCAUCUCUUGAAGACCAAGCACUUGCCCGCGUCCACCGGCUUGGACAGCUUCAUACCGUGACCACUAUACGUUACGUCAUGGAAGACUCGUUUGAAGAGGUACUCAUGCCGCAGUGA